CUGAAUUGUGGUAGAGCUAAAGGGCCGAACGAUGCCCUUGGCCCGCGGCACGACGCCAGCAUAGAGCGGUCUGCGACAGAACAUGACCGACUAUGCUGCUGUACAAGAGCUGCAGCACCUGUUACAGCGACCAGGAUGGCAGCAUCUGUUGGGUCUGAUGGCCACGGCCCUCAACAGCGCUUUCAUACAGAACAAUUCCUCAUUUUACUCCCCUCAAGCUGGAACCGAGCGUCACGCUGGAACACCAAGCACAUCACAAAGAUUAUUCGAGACAUUUCAGAUGAUAUCUAGCAGCGGUAUGAGGCAUGCGGUUACCAGAGAACCAGACAAGGGGUUUUGUGAAGAGCUCAGACAAAUCAUUAUGCUCAUGGAAAGCAUGCGUCAACAGGCGAACACCACAGUGUCACAAUAUCGCUCUCGCGAUAGCGGAACCUUCAUCCCAAAUAUGGAAGAUAACACUCAACCGAACAUCUCAACGAACGCGGGCUCCCAGAACAACUCCCCGCGCCACGUCCAGAUCAGAGCGCCGAAUCUGCAAAACAACAUGUUAGCAGGAAGACCUCGUGAGUCAUACACAGCCCCCAAUGAUCUGCAGUCGGGCUGGAUGUCAUCCAGGACUGCUGCGGCUUUUCCGCAAUCUGGUUAUAUCCAAACACAAUUCGAUCUCAGCAAUACGACCAAUGUUCGCAUAUAUGAGCAACAGCAACAACAACAGCAACAAAGACAGCAACAACAACAAAAGCAGUACCAGCAACAGCAACAGCCGUCACACGCUCGUAUUGGGGCAAACUCAUCAUGGGAGGCGGCUCCGCAGGCAUCGAGUGUCGAGCGCUACCAACCCCCGCCGGUCUCAUACGCAGAAUCGCCACCUAGGGACAAUUCGGGUCCUACUCGUCAACUUGUUGCCAACCCCAACCCAACUUUGCUCACUCCAGAUAUAAAUCCACAACUUCUCAAUUCACACUUCAAAUGGAGACCGCAGAAGUUUUUCAGAGUCGGUAGAGUCCUGUCGGUCCUCUGGACAGAAACGGAGGGAAGCACUGCAGAUGCUGCCAGUGUUUGCAGCUUCCCUGUGGCCUAUGGAGAACGAGCACAAGCCAAGAUCCGCCGUUUUAUUAUCUUUGCUCAAAAGCAACAGCAUUCUCUCGCGAUUCCAAUUACGAGCCACCAGGGUUACGGCGUCGCGAACAGGAGUGAUAGGGUAGAUCACGGAAUAGUAUACAUGGGUACUGCAGUGCCGCAGCCUCUUCAGGGAGAGCGAGGAAUGCUACCAACAGCUAUCCGCAUCACUCCUGAUGACCCAACGGAGAGGCUCAAGCCGACGUCGCGCAUAAAUUACGGGAAAAUUUACACGAUAGAGCAUAACAUGAAAGCGAAUGCUGUGGGAAUGGUGCAUGAAGAUUCGAUCCGCGCUCUGGUGGACCAACAGAACGAGGUGCAGCGGAGGGCACCUAUACCAAUCUUGAGAGGAAUGUAAAGACCGAUGACAGCCGUGGCCGGAAGGGAGAACAGCCGUCGCGCGGGAAUAAAAGUAUUCUGGAACAAAUCUGCAUGAACAUUCGAAUAUCAGAACCUGCACAAUUCCAUUCUGCAAUCAUCAAAAUCAAAAGCAUGCCGGCA